AUGGAAUCGUCGGAAUCUAUGUUUCUGACAAAGAUGGUGCUCGGAUGGCUGGAGGUGGUUAUUUUGCUUUCACCUACUCCUUCAUUAGUUUCCAUUGAGGAUGCUCCUGAACAAGCUUUUAUGCCUUUUGUCGUUACCUUAUUUAUCUCAUCGGUUCAGCAACUUUCCAAACUUGGCUUCGGUGAAGUUGAACAUAUGACAACCAAGUAUCAAGAUAUGACUAUAUGUCAAUUCAUGCACGUUCCAAACGAAUCAACUCCUCCGGUUUAUCUUACUGCGGUAGGAACGAACACAUGUGAUCUCGGUCUGUUUUAUUUGCCCUAUCGGCGUCUAUACGCCUUUGGUUUGGAAGUGUAUCACCCUUUAUUUAUAUUAGGGGCACUGAUCUCCCUUGAGGUGUCACUUCGACCGUUACUCGGGCUUCUCGCAUCGAAGGCAGCAGAGCGUUUCGAACAAGAAGCUUUGCUAACGCGUACCGAUGCUGGCGGUCACAUCUAUCGUAUUCUUCGCACUGACACCAAUUGA